GCAUGCAUGUUGCGUUUAAAAUGUGGUUAGAGCUGCUCGUGCUCUUUUACCUUGCUGCAUCGUCAGGCGCCAUCAAAUCUGGCUCGGAAUCCACAUUAUAUGUCUCUCUUGGUGAAUCUGCCAUUUUGAAGUGCUGUGUAGAUCCAAACACAGAAGAAUAUGAUGGAUUCUUUAACGCAGAUGAAAAGCAAAUCAGCAAUUUGGAUGGGAUAGAAAAUUAUGAGUUUACUGAAACGAUUGUUUCAGAAAACAAAAAAUGUCAUAACUUAACCAUUAAACAGAUGAGUGCGGAAUUAGUUGGAGAAUAUAUCUGCAAAACAAAGAAAAAUGAUGUCAUAAUCUUUCGCUUAUUUUUAGACGCAUCUAUUGAUUCUGUGAAGUCACCUCAAAUACUGACAAACAAGAAUAACACAAUACAUAUUUCUGUCCACGGCAAGCCGUUUCCUAGUAUUGACUGGAUUAGGUAUGUGGAUGGUGAAGACAAACCAAUUGCAAAAUAUGAUUCACAGAAAAAAGAAAUGACAUUAGGCAAGGAAAGUUAUAGAAUCUCUCAAAUCAAUGGAAGUUUGAAAAUUGCAAAUCCGACAAGGUAUGACCAAGGGAUGUAUCACGUUUUUGUACACAAGAAGAUGUCCAAAAUUCAAAAAUCGAUUGAAGUUCGAGUAGAAGAAGCUACAAAAAUAAUAAUUGAUCAAACAGCUUUUAUAGCAAUGAAAGGACCAAAGAAAGUAAUUCAAUGCACAGCAUAUGGUAACCCUCUACCAAACAUAACAUUUAUUACAUUAUCUAAAGAACAGUUAACAAAGUUCGAAAGAAAAAAACUCAACAAAACUAUCAUUCAAGCUAAGAUAGACGUACUUACCAAUGAUUCUUAUCUUGAUUGCAUGGCAUCAAAUAAACUUGGAUCUGAUUAUAUCAGAAUUGACAUCAGUGACAGUGCAACCAUGCAAGAUGCUGCAAUCCACCCAAAGUUAGCUUUCGCCAUUGGCAUUAUCAUUGCCGUGGUAUUAUGCGGGACGUUGAUCUCAUGCGUGACCUACUUCAUUCGUUCGUUGAAACAGCAGAAGACAACUACCGACACAGAAGCAGAUUUUUUUGAAGAUCUUGUUAAAGAAAAAAAGCGAACUAAAACCGAUCAGGAUAAAGGUAGGAGCCGAAAGAAAGUAAUUCCCGAUGUUAAUAACGCAGAUGUUAAGGACGUUUACAUGUGGUUAAAAAGUGAGAAGACCAAUCAGAAAGCACUACCUGUGCGCGCGAAGAAGAAACGAACCAAUCCAAGUAAAGAAAAAACUGAUGACGUGCAAAACAGAGAAAAAUCCAGCGAUAAAAAUACGAGAAAGAGAACUCGAGAUAAUAGUGAAAUAAAGACAAAACAAGAUGAAGCUGGAAUGAAAAAAUCAAAAAAAAGAAAGAAGCUUUCUCCCCCUGUUGAGGAAAAUAUGGCUCGCAAAAAAAAGAGCAAAGAUAUUAAAUAGAAGGGUAAAAUAAAUGUUAGGGAUUAUCAAACAAUUGUCAAUGACCAGACCAAUAGCCAUCUAAAAACUGCUGAAAAAUAGAU